UGCCGCUGUGCCUGUGGCUGUGCAAGAAAAUUAAGAAUCAAGAUACCUUAAUGAUGAAUCGAUAUAAAUAAAUCGCCAUGAAGUCUACCUGGAGGACCUAUCCAUACAUCACAAUCCUCAUUGUGGGAUCGAUUCUGUGUCUUCUGCAAAAAGUCAUUGCUUCAGAAGGUGACCGUCACAAGGUACACAGAAACCUCCUUCGUGCAUGCCUGAACCAGAACUGUAGCACUCCGGAACAGCUGAAUCACUUCCAUGGACACCAACCCCUAGUGCUGUGGAUGCUUGGCUGGGACUGUAAACACGAGUGCCGCUACCUGUCGAUGUGGACGACAGUCGGUCAUCUGAUCAGGGAGGGGACCCCCAUUUCUUCCAUUCCACAGUUUUAUGGCAAGUGGCCAUUUAUCAGAAUAUUAGGAGUCCAGGAACCAGCAUCUGUCAUCUUUUCUAUCGGUAAUGGUUUCGCUCAAGUCUUCAAUAUUCUCCAGUUGAGAAAGAAGGUUCCCAAUACAGCACCCAUGUAUUACGUUGGGUUAGCACAGGGUAUGAUUGCAGUAAAUGCUUGGAUAUGGUCAACAGUCUUCCACUCCAGAGAUUUAGCCUGGACAGAGAAAAUGGACUACUAUUGUGCUUAUUCUCUUGUCUUGUCCGGCUUGACAGCAACAUUACUAAGAAUAUUUGCUGUUCGGGACAAUGGUAUGAACAUGAAAGUAGCCGUAGGAAUCGCUGCUGUCACGUCUCUCUUCUACCUCAGACACGUCUGCUUUCUGGCGUUGAUUCGUUUUGAUUACGGUUACAAUAUGAAGGUCAAUAUUACAACGGCCAUUUUGAAUUUCAUCCUGAUUGUGGCUUGGAGCUUAUGGAACAUAAAACAGCAGCCUUAUCUAUGGAAGGCCAUCGCAUCCGUUGUGACGAUCAACCUCUGUAUCUUGCUGGAAGUGUUGGACUUCCCUCCUCUCUGGUGGACGUUCGAUGCCCACUCUCUCUGGCAUGCAAGCACAAUCCCAAUAGCAUUUCUUUAUUCAAGUUACUUUGUCGAUGAUUGUCUGUACUUGCACAACGCUAAAAUCAAGUUCAGGAAAGAGGCAUGAUGGGAUACAUUGCCACUUGGUCUACUCUCAUUUGGUCUACAAUCCAUUUGGUCUCAUCCCAAAUGGAGGCGCGAUAGCUCAGUCGGUAGAGCGGGGGAUUCGUAU